CGACGAUUUGAGCAUGAGCAAAUAAUACUUUGACACUGUCGCUGAAAUACGCAUUAACGUUGUUUGUACGUUAAUACUUGUGUGUUCUUUAAAUUUUUCAGGUAAUUAUUAUUAAAAUUAAUUUCCAGAGGCUAAAAGGAUGUGAUCACAGACACUUAACGUUGAUAGUAGGCCAAUAUUGCUUUUAUUGUGCAGCUGCGCGACGCGUCACACGCAUAUAAAAGGUGCGGCAGUGCCCGUCAGCGCGAGCCGGUUACGCGUUGGGUUUGGCCCUAAUAAUCUGGAUAAAGCCAUCAACAACCUCAAUGAUCUUGUAGAUCAGAAGCAGCGUGAUGACUAAAACACCCGAUACCCCGGCACCCUGCGUGGUUAUGGGUGACGUCCACCACAGCCACCCAGAGGAGCCCAUGGAGCAGCUCUCUAGACGCGCUCGUGUUGCUGUUCCUGAGCUGGUUGUAACCUGCGAGUGUGACCAGAGCCCCCGCGGACCCUGCUCAGGCUCACAUCAGCCCGACGAGGAGUCCAUCUGCUCGGAUAGCGGACUCAGCGGCUCUCCCGCCUCGUCCCUGGCGCUGAGGAAGCUGUCCAACUCUUCCUCCACCGGCCUCUCGCCAGCUUCGUCUUUUGAGGAAUGCGAAGAGGAUUUAAUGGGUUACAGUGAUUAUAAUCAGUCUCCAGGUGAACCGCUCACGGCUGAUCUGUGGAAGAAGUCAAAGAAUAUGGUGAACUGGUCUCCCACUCCAGUGGCGGUGAAAAAGCGCUCUCCUUGGGUACAGGUGGUCGGCCAUGCAGGAAACUUUCAGAUGGGCAGUGAUGGAAGGCUGCUGAAGAAGUUCUGCGAGUGCGAGCAGCAGUGUUUUCUGCAGCUCAUGAGCGACUCGCUGCAGCCCUUCGUUCCUGCAUACUACGGCGUGACCCAGCGUGACGAGCAGGAUUACAACCUCAUGGACGACCUGCUUGCUGACUUUGACUCUCCCUGCAUCAUGGACUGCAAAAUGGGAAGCCGGACUUACCUGGAGGAAGAGUUGGAGAAGGCCCGGGAGUGUCCUCAGCCUCGCAAAGACAUGUAUGAAAAAAUGAUAGCUGUGGAACCGAACGCCCCCACUGCGGAUGAGCGGGCCAGGCAAGCAGUACUCAAAACCAGAUACAUGCAGUGGAGAGAAACCCUCAGCUCAACGGCUACGCUGGGCUUUCGCAUCGAGGGCAUCAAGAAAUCGGAUGGCACUUGUAACACUAACUUCAAGAGAACAAAGUACAAAGAUGAGGUGAUCCAAACCCUGGAGGACUUUGUGGACAACAACAUGCUAAUUUUGAGAAGCUACCAACAACGGUUGAAGGAACUACGAGGCGUGCUGGAAAAAUCUGAUUUCUUCAAAGCACAUGAGGUGGUGGGCAGCUCCUUAUUAUUUGUCCAUGACCUCACUGGCAAGGCUGGAAUCUGGAUGAUAGACUUUGGAAAGACUGUGCCCUUGCCGCCCCCUCUCACCCUGGACCAUCGCAGCCCGUGGGUGGAGGGCAACAGAGAGGACGGGUACCUCUGGGGCCUGGACAAUUUUAUUGACAUUCUGACCAACAUACUUCCAGAGAAAUGAGGGGCAUUGUGGAUCUUCAGAAUUGUCAUUUUCUGCACAGACAGUCUAAUUCCACUCUGUUUUGUCUACGUGGAGAAUAGGUGAAGGUUGGAGAGAAUGAAAUGAUGGAAUGGACUGACUGGCCUCAAUAUUUAAUACAAGUCCUACUGAUGAACAUCUAAGCCUGUGAAUUUAUCUGCUGAAGUUGUAAGCCCCUCGCUAUUUAGUCGUUUUCACUACUUUGGAACCGCUGUAUGUAUUUUGACACUGUAAAUAGAGUUUUAUUUAAGCAGUUUGCCCUGAAGGGUUGGUGAGUAAAAGAUUAGCUUCGUUUUAGGAACAUUAACCUUGCAAAUGAAAAUCAUUACAGUAAUGUUGUUUUGGCAGGUGUGUGAAGAUCCAUAAAACAGGAGUGCUUUUGAUUACUAAUCAACCACCAUAGUAUGUUUGUGGUAGUUGCCAGAUAUUUUCCCUUCGUUUUAUUUUAUAUCUGUGACCAAAUGGCUCUAUUUUGGGUUGGGGAUGAACUGAAUUUAAGUGCACACUACUAACAAUUCGAUAAACUGAAGCUAAAUCGAAUCGCAGAACAACAAAGACCUCUUAUGCAUCGUUGCAUAGCUCCCAAAGUAAUGAAAACAUGUGGAAAAAGUGUUUUGUAUUUCUUUGUCUUGAUCAAGCACCAUUUUAAUUCACAUCAAGCACGGUGAGUUAAGCUAAUCUUAUGCCUCACAUUCCUAUGUUGUGUGUUAUUUGCAUGCACACAUGAGCUACAAAAGGGGAAUACAGUACGUCAUUCUUUAAGCAACUAAAUUGCCCAUGUUAAUAUAUCAAAUAGACUGCCAAUUCGACUUGAGAAUGGUGUCUGGGAUAUUUGAGCCAGUACUCCUUAUGCACAAAAUCACUGUUUGCACUUAAUUUGAUCUCACCUUAUUGAGAUUUUGUACUGUAUAAUAAGUACACGACUUGUGGUCGUUUAUGUUGGGAGCUUUGUUAACUUGGCUGUAUCGGUUUUGCAGUUCUGUGUUCUGGGUUGCUGUGAUAACUACAGAAUCUUUUUUUUUUUCAUGCCGGGUAAUUUUGUAAAGGUUUUUGAAUGUCAGAACAAUAAACAUGAACAUGAUUUGA